AUGGAGCCAACAGAUCUAUCCUUUUGUUGUGAUCUUUCAGGUAAAAUAGAUGUUUUAUCUUUAUUAUUAAAUGAAAAUAGUGAAAUAACAUUUAAAUAUGCUCAAUCAUUAGUAAGAAAACUUUAG